UUCAAUACCAUAAAUAUAGGAUUUAAAUAUUUUCAAUUCAUAGAAUACUAAAAUAUUAACCCUAAAAUUUAAACGUCAAAACAAACCGCAAACAUUUGUUAUUUAAUAGGAAUUCAUCCAAAUAAAGUUAUUUUUUUCCAUAUAUUCAUAUUGAUUGUCAGCCAAUUUAUAACAAUUAUUUUUCCUGAAAUCUAAAGAUCUAGAUUUACAUUUUUUUUUGUAGGCUAAAAUUCAAUCAAUAAUUUGAAUUAGGUCGACUAUUUUUAAGUUAGCCCUUUAUGAAUAAAAUGUUCAUUCUGAAUGGUUAAAUACAUAAUAUUUGAACGAUAAUUUCAGCAGGAAAGGAGAGUGGACCUGACUCAUAAACAAUGGUUCGAGUUAUAUCAGUACACAAUUUCACUAGUCAAAGCGUACAAACUGUUGAGCAACCAACAGCAUGCACAACAGCACCUCCAGAUCGCUUCCUGCUUGCAUUAAUGAGUAAUUGUAUUGAAGUCAGAGAUUUGAAGAAUAAUGCAGAACUUAUCUUCACCUUUCCUACUAUAGACGAAGUUGCACAAAUCUGUUACAGCCUUAAUGGCAAUUAUGUAGCAACAUUAGAAAGUAAAUUCAAUCGACAAAAUAGGGAACAAAAUUUUGUUAGGGUGUAUGUGAAUUGGGACAGUAUUGCUACAUUACAACAAUCAAAAAUGACAAUUAGUGGAGUAAGCUUAGGAUCAUCUGAAUGUGGCAUGGUCCAACCAAUGAGAGCAAGGAUAGCUGGAAGGGUAACUCCCACUAGUAAUCAGUCAGAUUUAGGAAGUUUAGAAAUGAUUGAGAUUCCUGUAAAGAGGAACCCACAUUUUAUAUCUUGUUGUCCAAUAACUGGUAACCUCCUCAUUCUCUCUAAAAAUUUGAUAAAUAUUUACAAGUUCAAAGUUAAAACGCACGAUAUUUCCAAAAUGAAAUUCAUAGAUUUCGAUGAUAUUGGACUCGAUAUUGAACUAACAUUUGAGCCAACAAAAAUUGAAAUGUGUGAAAAUUAUAUAGCAGCAAUGAAUAAAGAUAAUAUGCAUUUAUUCAAACUUUGUAAGAGAUCCUCACGGGAUAGUAGUUCCAAGAAGACUAAAUCAGAAUUCCCACAAAGAGGACCUGAUGAUGCAAUUGAUUUUACCAAACUCCUCAGAGAGGAGAUGAAUGAAGGGUAUGAAAAAAUUAAUAUUCAGUUGCCAAGUGUAGUCAGAGAAAAUAGUCUGAUACAUAAACAAAAUCCAUUUACAUUCUGGGAUAAAGAAAUGCAAGCUACUAUUUCCAGUAAUUCACCUCUAGAAAAUACAGUAAAUCAGUACAAACUCAGAAAUUUAAUCAAACUACGCCUCUUGCCAUUUUUGUUUGAAGAUUCAUCAUCACAGGCUUUUGAAGAAUAUAAAACUUUUGUUAUGAAACCUUUAUAUAUCGAUGAAAUAUUGAACAAAUCUAAAAAGGCUGCAGAAAAUGAUAAUAUUUUAAGAAGCGAGUUUUCCAAAUGUCUAAAUGGAAUUACCUGUUUAAUUGCUACACAGCAAGAGGGUUAUCUUUUUCAUUUUGAAGAUAAAGAUGAAAAGAUUCUAGCAGACCAUUGUGUCGCUGUUUAUCCUUUUACUGCUCCUGUUUUCCAACUGGUGGUGGAAGAUUAUUUCUUACAUGCUUUAACUGUUAGUGGCCUUGAGACUUAUACUCUUAGAAAUAGUCAUAAACUUUGUCAUAUCAUUAAAAAGCCAGAUGAUAUCACUAAUGCAUGCCCCCCAAUGAAUGAUGGAAUCUGCCUUGUGGGUCUUAGACCUUUUUUAGGGGUUGAAAAAAUUUUAUCUGCUAAUAAUCAUUUACUCCUACUGGCCAAUGCUGAUUCAUCUCCAACUCACUCAGUAGGUUCGAACAGCAGCUCGAAUGCUGUUUAUUGGACAUUAUAUAGUUUAGAAUCACCUUCACCUAAAACUAUUUUCAAUGAUUUUCUAAUUGUGGCAAAUGAACACAGGUUUUCAUCUUUACCAACUUACCGCAAUCUAAUGAAUGAAGCACAUAUGAUACUGAGAGUUGCAUUAUUUUUAAAGAAGUGGACUACUACAGAUGAUAGCAUAAAAUUAGCUAAAAUACAGAAAGAAAAUAUGGAUGAUAUUUCAGAAAUGUUCAGGGGAUCUUGUGCCUUGUUGGGUGAUCAUUUUAUUAUGUCAAGCAGCAAGAAAAAGUAUCAACUCGCAAUACCAUAUUAUAAAAUGGCUGGUAUCCAAGCAGUUGAAGUCAUGAGAAGAAUCAAAAAAAUUCAGGAUCAUCUGAAUGUUCAGUCUACCAAAGGAUUAGUUUAUUAUUUGAAGCAUAUAAUGCUAGAGAUCAGGAGUGCCCAUGAUGCUGAUAAACUUUUCACACCACACUCAAGACAGAAUUUUUUAGACGAUCUUUUAAAUUUGUUAGAAACAUCGGAGUUUGAAGAUCUCCCAUAUAUCAUUCUGAAGAGCAAAAUCCUUCAAGAAUACUCAACAGACAAACUCAUUACUAUGUUAACAAACAAAAUUCCAGACAAUUUUACACAUCAAAACGAAAAAAACUUGGCCUUGUGUUUGUUGUACAUACAGAAGAAUAACUUUUCUCAAGCAAAACUUUGUUUGAAACAAAUCCCUGCUGAUAACCUUCAGGGUCUCCUUCUUGACAAUUGGGAAAUAUUAUUUGAAAAUUAUUCAAAGCUGCAAGGCCCUAAAGGAAGAACAAAUUUCUCAGAAGUUGGAGACCUGAUCAUCAAGAACUAUACAGAGAGAUUUGCAAAUCUUCUGGUUACUCUUGUGAUGAAGCAGAAGAUUAUGAACUUCAAUAGAUUAAUGAAGAUAUUUAUGGAAUAUUUGCCAUCAAGCAUUGGUGCUGAACAAAAUACUGCCACUCUACUCCUGCAAUUAACCCUGGAAGAAUACUUUCAAACAUUAUUCUCGGAAUCAGAAGAAAUUGACCAAUCUAAAAUUUUACACGAAAAAGGGGCCAGUGAGGCUAUAAAACUGCUUGUGAGGUCGUAUUUAUCCCAAGUGCAAAUUUUACAACUGAAAGAAGAGAAAAACAAAGAAAAGCUGAAUCAAGAGGUAUUUUGCAGUGGUGAUCUUCAAAAACAAAAUAAUAUAACAGAAGUUAUACAAAACCCAUUGAACAUGUAUGAACUUUUUGAUGACAAUACUUUCAAGAAAGACACUUAUCUAUUCGAGCGGUACAGAUACGAGUAUUUGCAAAAGAUGCCACCUUUUCAGGUAGAAAUUGUUUCCAAAAUGUACAGUAUGUGUGUUGAAAAUUACACCUUUGAAACUGAAGUUAAGAUAAAUGAGGAAGCUGAUGCUGUAUUAGCUAAACUUCAAGCAAUUCUUUGUAGUCCAAUUAUACCUAAAGGUUUGAAUAGCGAAGUUGAAACAUUUUUGUCUUUAAAUCCCAAUUUAAGGGGUAAAGAUAGCAUCCAAUCAAUUAUAUUGACUAAUAAAGAUGCAGUGACUCUUUUAAUAGAGUGUUGUCCUCAAUGUCUAGCACAAUUCGGAAAGGAUCGUUUAACGAAAGCAGAUGAGUGGAAAUUCCUUAUUGCUUCUCUACAGCAAAAAAUUUUGAAAUUAUCUACUAAUGAAAAAUUGGAUAAAAUUUGUUUUUUUUACAAGAAAACAUUGAAAGACGUUCUUUCCCAAGUGGCCCGAAAUAUGACUUUGGAAGAAUUAGUUCAAGUAUUUCCUCAACGUAUAAACACAAAUGUAUUGCAUUUAAAUGAUGAAGAAAGCAAUGAAGAUGGUUAUGUGAACAGUAAUGUCAAAGAUACAAGUAAAAUUGAAAAUGGAAUGGUUUACACAGAUCAAGAACUGGAUAUCUUGAAUGAAAUACAAGAUUAUGAACCAUACAUUGUGAUAUGCAGAGAAACAAUGAAUGCUAACCAGAUGAGGAAAUUGAUUGUUGCUACUAGUCAGCAGUUAUUGCGUACACUGAAUUUUUAAACGAAAAAUCAAAGAGCAACCUAAUAUCAAAAUAGUCUAAUUUCUAGUUGUGAUAUUAGAGAAAUUUUUUUAAAUACCAAAGCUUUUUGUGGACAGCACUUUGGAACGGUAUGUUAUACAACAUUCCAGUCUGCUUUUCAGAUGUCUUUUUUCGAUAUUACAUUUAAGGUCUCCACUAUUACUGUGGUAUCAGAAUACUCAAAUUUAUUACAAAUUGAAAUAUCAUUAUAUGUUCGUUGAUAUUUUUAGAUAUUUCCUAUUUCCAUUUUAUAUGAAUGUUUUAUCUAUUUAUUCCAUAUUUGUUUAUAUUGAAAAUGUUGAACUUUGUGUAUUAUAUAUGCAAUAAAAAAACCAAUAAUUAUA